AAUGAUGAAGCCAUAGGAUCAAAUUAAUGGGAAAAUAUUUUAGGGAAUUAGGGAACUUACAAUACAAAAGUGUUAUAAAUGGAAAGUUCAACAAAUCUUACAUUAUAAUUGGAGAAUGUUUUACAUCACCCUAAUUAUGUUGCUUGUUCAUACUUUACAUACAAAUACAUCGCUUAACUUAUGUUGCAAGAAAAAGAUAAACUAAAAUUAAAUUUAGAAUAAAUAUUAUAUAACCUCAGGAAGAGAAGGUAGCCUAAUUGUUGGUUUCACAUUUUAUAUAGGAAAUAACGAAAAGAGGAGAGUAUUUAGUAUAGGUUACAUAUCAAGAGAGAAGACAUAAGUGAAAUAAGAAAGGAGUAUAGACCAUAAUUUGAGUUUUAUUUUAAAGAAUAAUUGA